ACAUUUCAGUCGUUAGUCGUUUCUUUUGAGCAUUGUUUUAGUUACUUUUUACACGAGCACAAUUUAUUUUUGUAGUAUUCUUUACGAUAUUUUAUACACAAAAAUACACUAAAAUGGCGCCCAUUAUUUUUCCGGAAGUGGAUAUGCUGAGCGUAUCCAAAAACUCUGAAAAGGAGCGUGAAGCCAUUCUGGGUUUCGCCCCCAAGAUCAAACUGGUGACAGUGGACUACGCGGCCAUGGGUAGAAUCGACACCUUCUACUUGUCCUGCCAGAAGUAUCGCGACUACUACCGGGACCCCUACGACAAGCUGCACAAGCCGGAGACAUUCAAGUACCAUCAGGGGAAAUGUGCCAUCAAGCCGGAUCACAGUGUGGAGCAGCUGCGUCGCCCGAUCCAGUGGGUGCAGGAGCGCAAGCCUCUGGUCUAUCCGAUGACCUACCAGUCCACAAUGAGACUGAACACUGCGGCGGCAUCCAUGAUGGGAGGAAGCUACGACCCCAGCUCCUGCAACCGCUACAAGCGCUAGGCACAAAAACUCUGACCCCGACUUUUCUGGUGCUUUAACAGAGAGAGAGAGAGAGAGAGAUCUGAGGUUAAGCACCGCCAAAACGAUUAAAUUUAACUAACAGUCAAUAAAAAUUAAUGUAUGGCAAU